GCUCCCACGAAGGUGGGCAUGGAGUACAUCGCCAACAACUCAACCAGGAAAAUGGCCUGCAAGAAGCGCACCAUGGGCGUCAUGAAGAAGGCGGGCGAGCUGUCGACCCUGUGCGGCGUGGAGGUGUGCUGCGUGGUGUUGCCCGAGGGCGAGCCGUCGUCGUCGGAGAUGCAGGUGUGGCCGUCGCUGCCGGAGGCGACGGCCAUGGUCGACCGUUUGAAGGCCAUGCCCGAGGUGGACCGGCGCAGGAAGGAGAUGGACGGGGCGGACUACGUCCGGGAGCGCAUCGGCAAGGCGAAGGAGCAGCUGCGCAAGGCGGAGCGCGACAACCGGCAGCGCGAGACCACGCUCCGCGUCCAUGACGCCAUGGUCGGUCGGCGCGAGAGCCUCGAUGGCCUUACCGUCGAGGAGCUCACCGGCAUAGGCUGGACGACGGAAAAUCUUAUCAAGAAGAUCAAGGACUGUAUCGAGUAUCGCAGUGGGCGGCAUCAGGCCGGCGUGACGGCUGAUCCUCUGCCUACGGUCGCCGCCGACGUGGAGUGGUGGGAGCGGCAGCUAUAG